UCACAGAUCACAUGAUUCAGAAAAUUAAAACAGAUUUAUUGUUUGGUCCAAAGUUUUUUGUAUGUUUGAAAACAGAUAAGUUGCAAUAUAGUCUAUUUAUUCAUUCACUGUUAACUUAAAAGUAAAGUAUUAAAUCAUUACUUGGGAAGUUAAAGUUAAAACGAACUUAUUGUUAUUAGUAAUUAAUAUUUCUCCAAGUUUUCGACCUGCUCAUGUUUCCUACUCAUAUGGAAAAUGUAUGUUUGAUGUUUAUACGUUUAUAAAAUAUAAAAUUAUGACAAAAAUCUGACAAAAGUUGGACUUUUCAUGAACUUUAUGGCCUGAAUAUGAAAACUUCAUAAAUCUAAAACAAAGUUAAACUGAUAACUCGUUUACCUCCAACCUGCAUUUUGUUCAACAUUUAAUGCCAUUAUGGCUUCAUGAUGAGUUUUUAAAGCGCAUUAACAGGUUAUGAUAAGGAACGUUACAGUUUGUGACUGAUCUACAGUCAGCCUUUAUUCAGUGAGAAAUAGACACUGACUGGUAUCCAGUUCUACUACUUUUAUUUAAAACAUAGCUUUGCUGAUUUGAAUAAAAUGUUCUUCCUGUGCUGCUGUAGGCUGCAGCUGCCUGAUAGUUACUGUUUCCUUGGUUUGUCUCUGAAGAACAACAUGGGAGCUGGCUCACGAUUCCAGUUUGGUGAGAUGUUUUAAAUCUCCGUCACGCCUUUUCCUUCCCAUCAGCUCCGCCGCCAGUCGGCUGAAACCCGACCGGACGAUGACGGAGAUGAAGUGUGUCGUGUUUUGGGGCGUCGUGACGUUUUUCUGGACCCUCUGUGGAGGAGACAGAGACGUCUCCUGUGUGUUCAGUCAGGUCUGCAUCCUGCCAUGCAGCUUCCAGCCGGCCGACGGACCGGCGGUCCACUGGACUCAGCUGGCAGCAGCAGAACCUGCGGUUCAUUCUUACUAUGACGGCAGAGACAGGGUCCAACACCAGAACCAGAACUUCAGAGGCCGGACGUCUCUGUUUGUGGAGCGGGUCUCCUCAGGAAACGCCUCUCUGCUGCUGACCGGAGUGAAGGUCCAGGAUCAGGGCAGAUAUGUUUGCAACUGCAGCAGCUCAGCAGGAACCAGGCUGGCAUUCAUCAGAGUCUCCGUGGACGCUCCGGUGAAGACGGUCAACCUCCGACAAGCAGAGAACCGGCUCAUCUGCAGCUCGGACGGGAUCUACCCCGAACCGAACCUCACCUGGUCCACCGAGCCGCCGUCCGAACUGGUCCUGCAGAGCUCGACUCUGGUGCAGCUGACCGAGCAGCAGCUGUUCAACAUCAGCAGCUCCCUGAAGGUUCCGGACAACGACACCGACCUGACCUACGUCUGCACCGUCAGAACCCGCAGGAACCACGAGACCAACAGGCUGGACAACCCGGAAGCAGCAGGUCGAGCUCAGGGGAUGUGGAUAGUUGCUGGAGUCAUUUUGGUGUCGGUGUCAACGAUCGCGGUUCCGAUCUUUGUUGAAAAAUGUAUGAAGUCCAGGAAGUCCAAACGAUCCCGGCAGCAGAACAUAGAAGAAGAAGAACAAGCAGCAAAUGGACCAAUCAGCAGUCAGCUAGAAGAACAAGCAGAGAAUGGACCAAUCAGCAGUCAGCUAGAAGAACAAGCAGAGAAUGGACCAAUCAGCAGUCAGCUAGAAGAACAAGCAGCAAAUGGACCAAUCAGCAGUCAGCUAGAAGAAGAACAAGCAGAGAAUGGACCAAUCAGCAGUCAGCUAGAAGAACAAGCAGAGAAUGGACCAAUCAGCAGUCAGCGGAUCCUGGAGGAAACUCAGAGUCUCCACCCACAGGAAAACCAGACAGGCUAUCAUAAUCCCAGCAGGGAGGGCAGGCAGCAUGAACUGGGACCAGUUAGUGGGACCAGUUGGACCAUGGGCAGCAUCAGGAGCUUCAUGGUUCUGCUGGUUCUGAGCUUCCAGUGGAUUUCUUCAAAAAGAGUCACCCGGGUGACGUGUGUUUUCAGCCAGAGCUGCGUUUUGCCCUGCAGCGUCUCCAGCGGCUCUGACGUCAUCAUCAACUGGAGCCGCCUGACACCCGCAGACGGCACCGCCCACUGUUACUAUGACAACCAGGACCAGCUGGGUCACCAGAGCCAGAACUUCAGAGGCAGAACGUCUCUGUUCACGGAUCAGGUCUCCAGAGGAAACGCCUCCCUGCUGCUGACAGGGGUCAAAGUUCAGGACGAGGGAACCUACAGGUGCAACACCAGCAACACCAGUGGAAAUAAACUGGUUUUUAUUCACCUGAGAGUUGAAGCUCCAGUCUCUGACAUCAGAAUCCAUCAGGAUGGAAACAGGAUCACCUGCAGCUCAGAGGGGAUCUACCCUCAACCUGAACUCACCUGGUCCACUGAGCCUCCAUCCAACACGACUCUGCAGAACAGAACCACAGUCCAUCAGACUGAGGAGAAGCUUUAUGACAUCAGCAGCUCUCUGACGGUUCCAGACGGUUCUGAUUGGAUCUACAGCUGCACCAUCAGAACCAGGAGGAACCAGAGGAGAGCAAGGCUUCAGAAACUCAGAAAUUCCCAGGUUGCUGAUCAGAACUGGCAGAUUAUACUGAAAAUCCUGAUGGCUGUGACUGGAUUAUCACCUGUAAUCUGCACAGUGAUGGCAGAAAUUAUGAGUCGUCGUUGGAAGAAUAAAGCAAACUAAUGGAGAAUCAGAGAAUCUGCAGGACAAACCAGUUCAGGUUCCCAGUGUCCCAGUCCAGACCAGCAGGAUGGUGGAGUUUAUGUACUUUAACUAUUUAAUGUCAAAUAAAAAAAACAAAAACAAAAAAGAGACAUUUUGAAGAGCUGAAGAUGAACUUUGGAAAUCGAAAAUUAUUGUUUUGGGAGAAAUUAUUUUGUCAUAAUUAUUUCUGUGAAAAAUCUUCAUUCAUCUCAACUUUACUUUUUACAAGCUGGACAUAUUUUUUCUGUAUUUUACCAUCUGUACUGUAAUUUCUGCAAAACAAAUUUCAUAUUCUGCUGAUCUAUUUAGUUUUUCUUAAAUUGCCACAGUUUAUAUUUUUGCCUAAAUAUUUCAUUUAUUUCUUUGCUCAUCAAAGUUUCUUUAUAGUAAGAUUAAAAGUAUUAUUUGUAAGAUAUUCGUUUCCCCUUUAAAAAAGUAUUUCAAUGAAAAAACAAAAACAAUGUUUUACUGUUAAACUACAAAAUGAUUCCAGCUGAAAAUGCAGUUAAAACAGAAUAAAACCAAAACAAGUGAAGUGAAGCGUCUGUCCCUCUGUGACAUCCAUCAUUAGGAAUAUUUUGUUUUAUUUGUUAAUUUAUCAUAAUCUGCUGUAAAUGAGCUGUAAGUAAUAAAGUGAUUUAGGAAGAAGAAUCUCAACAUUUUGCUGUAAUAUUUCUCUCAAGCUGCUCAAAGUGGCACUAAAAACAUUUCAACAGCAGAAAUUCUCUGCUUCAAUAUGGAUUCAGUAUUUUGAGCUUUUCUUCAUCUUUGAUGAAAUGGAGAUUAUUUUUUUACUGUAUUAGUUUUCUAUUAAAUGAAAUUUCUUUUUGUUUUUUCUAUGAAUGCCUGAGUCAUAAUAUCCAUUUGGUUGAUACUUUAUUUGCUGUAAACUGUUUGCUGCCAGCAGGAUGUUACUGAUUUUAAUAACAAUCUUUUACUUCCUGUGUUUACAGUUUGCAAUAUAUUAUUAUUAUCUAGUCCAGUAGAUGGUCAACACUGUAAAACUAACAACUUCAAUUGUAAAUCAAACACUGUCAUUUUGGACCAACUGAUCAAUAAAAUUCAGUG